AGCAUCAGAUGGUGAAGAAGGAGGAGGAGACACAGAAAUGAUGCAGCAGGAGACAGCUCCAAUUCCUGCCCUGUCAAAGAAAGCCAAACAGCCUAAAGAAUGUUUCUUGAUACAACCAAAGGAAAUGAAAGAGGAGGUGAAAAAGACCAGGAGGAGGAAAAAGAAGAAAAUUACUGAUGUUCUUGCAAAAUCAGAACCAAAACCAGGAACACCUGAAGACCUACAGAAGCUGAUGAAGGACUAUUACAGCAACAAUCGCUCAGUGAUUGAAUUAGAAGAACUGAGCCUACCAGACUCUUGUUUCCUCAAAGCCAAUGACUUGACUCACAGUCUUUCAUCCUACCUGAAAGAAAUCUGUCCUAAGUGGGUAAAACUUCGGAAAAACCACAAAGAGAAAAAAUCGGUUCUGAUGCUGAUUAUCUGCAGCUCUGCCAUCCGAGCCCUGGAGCUCAUUAGGUCAAUGACAGCAUUCAAAGGAGACAGCAAAGUUAUGAAAUUAUUUGCAAAACACAUAAAGAUCCAGGAGCAGAUUAAGUUGCUGGAGAAGCGUGUGGUGCAUCUGGGUGUAGGAACUCCAGGGAGGAUUAAAGAACUUGUUAAACAAGGUGGCCUUAACUUGAACUCCUUAAAGUUUCUGGUUUUUGACUGGAACUGGAGAGAUCAGAAAUUGAGGAGACUGAUGGACAUUCCCGAGAUAAGAAAGGAGGUUUUUGAACUUCUGGAGAUGGGAGUAUUCAGUCUGUGCAAAUCUGAAUCUUUGAAGCUGGGCCUUUUCUAAGUCUGGGUCCAAAUGAAGAUCCCAAAUUUAAUGGUGUCAUUUAUAUUUCUAUUUACUGACCCUGGCACAUUGCGUGAGCUCAGUAAAUACCGACUAUUGUUUUAUUAGCUACAUCACCAGAU